GAUUUCUCAACUUCUUCAGAUUCUUCGGCUCCCUUUGAUGCGUUCAAAGCCAGUGCUUUCUCGCUCUAACGCAUCGCCACAAAAUCCCAUCCGACUACAUAAUUCGCUCUCUCAUAAUUCGCCCGAGACCCUCAACAACUAUGCGGACUCCCAAGGUUUCUGGAGCUUCUCCUAGCUUACUAGGCUCUCAGACUACUAGCACUUAUAGAUCGCCUAGCCUUCCUAGCCGUCCUAUAUCCUCUAGACCCCUUACUCCUGCUAGCAUUUCUGUGACUUCUCUAGCUACCUCAGAGAGACUAAGCACGCCUCAAAUUGACGUUGCUGCUACUUCUUCUCUGUAUUGGGAGCUAACAAUACCGCCUCCAUUCCGUGUCCCCCCAAUCCGUCGGUCUGAUAGACGAAGUUUAGCCCUGAGCGGUGAUACAUAUUCUGAAAUCCGCUACGACGGCCCUCUUCGGCUGACAGACGAGAUGACGUACUAUCUCGCCCUAUAACACUACCACCAAUGGCGCAACGCGCAAGACAUAUGUUCUUGGCUUCUUGGUACACGUCCGGCCACCCAAGAGGUAGUGAAAUACGGCCUCAU